AUGAACCCUCCUCUCGGAGCAGCACCCAUCACUCUACCACUGGGUGCCGAGGAGGGUCCUGCCUUAACUGGGCAUGACGCAACGUCCGGUCCACCCGGAAGAGGUGCUUCGGCGCUGGCGGUUCCCAUGGCGAUGGGGCCUAGUUCAGUCCCGGGCUGUAGGCUCCUAUUCGCCGCUGGGCUGUUGGCGGCCGCUGGCUGGGCGCUGCAGCCGGAGCAGCGUCAGUGUGUACAGCGGGACCGCUUCGAGGAGGAGCUGGUGCUGAAGCCGCUCGGCUCCGGCGAUGUGGCGGCUAGCUUUCAGUUCCGCAGCCAUUGGGACGUGGAGCCGGGGUGGGGAGACGGAAGCCGGAGCCGGGUCUCUCAUUACAGACUCUUUCCAAAAUCACUGGGGCAAGUACUCUCCAAAUUUGCUGUGCGUGAGCUGCACCUUUCUUUCACUCAUGGUUUCUGGAGGCGGGCAGCAUGGGGGCAACCGUUCCUUCAAGCCCCACCAGGGGCAGAGCUCUGGGUCUGGUUCCAGCCAUCAGUUACAGAUGUUGACACUACCUGGAAGGAACUGACUAACGUUCUCUCAGGCUUGUUCUGUGCAUCUCUUAAUUUCAUUGAUUCAACAAACACCGUUACUCCAACAGCUUCUUUCAAACCUCUUGGCAUUAUUAAUGAAACCAAUCAUAAUUAUUUAAGGUACGCAGCACUGCCAAGAGAGAUUGUGUGCACUGAAAAUCUUACACCAUGGAAGAAACUCUUACCCUGUGGUUCAAAGGCAGGAUUGGGAGUGCUGCUGAAAGCAGAGAGGUUAUUUCACACCAGUUAUCAUUUGCAGGCUGUUCAUGUCAGACCUGUUUGUCGGGAUCACCUAUGCACCAGUACCUCCUGGGAGCUGACACUGAGCCUAUCUGUCGUAUUUGACCUCCAUGCAGCUGGCUCUGGGAGAAGGGAGUGGUCACUGUUUAAGAUGUUUACACGAACACUAACAGAAGUAUGUCCUCUGGCAUCACAAAGUACAGUUUACGUGGACGUCACAGACAAGGAGAAGGUGAAUGACACCUAUGAACUGACGCCACCGGCAUUCACACGGCUUAACACAACAGUACAUGGUCAGUGGAGAUCCUAUGCUGUGUACAAUUUGCUAGAUCCUCAGCUGUACAGUGUAUCAUCACGCUCCUUAAACAUAGUGUUGAAAUGGAAACCAUCUAAACAGUUUGUGGUACCUGAAGCACCUGUCUUCCAUGCAGAGCGAUAUGUGAGUGGCUUUGGCCUUUGGACAGGAAAGAUCAACACCUUGAUCUACAAUAAUCACCCCUACCGAUCAUACCCAGUGUUGCUGAUGGAGGUUGUACCAUGGUACCUUCGGCUCUAUGUUCACACACUCACUAUCAACACCAAGGGCAAGGAAAACAAGCCAAGUUACAUUCACUAUCAGCCAGCAAGAGACCGAGAGUGCCCUCAUUUACUGGAGAUGCUAAUUCAGUUGCCUGCCAAUUCCAUCACAAAGAUCGGCAUCGAGUUUGAACGAGCUCUAUUAAAAUGGACGGAGUACCCUCCUGAUCCCAAUCAUGGCUUCUACGUUGGCUCUUCUGUUCUGAGUGCACUGGUGCCAAGCAGUGUAACUAUGGAAGCCAACACCACUAAACCGAUGCCUCUUUUCAAUAAACUGUUUCCACUCAUCGAUCCCUCGGUUUACUUUGUCAGGCUCUACACUGAAGCCUUGCUGGUGAAUUUACCCACGCCUGAUUUCAGCAUGCCCUAUAAUGUCAUCUGCCUGACUUGUACUGUGAUUGCAGUUGGUUAUGGCUCCUUCUACAACUUGCUCACAAGGACAUUCCAAAUCGCCGAGCCCACUGGUGGGGUGGCAAAGAAGAUUGCUAAUGUAAUCCGUAGGCUGCGUGGCGUUCCACCCAUCUGAAGUUGCCAAGUGGGGCCGGGAAAAGCACUGAUAUCAAAGUCAGCAACUGCCCUGAGUUGAGUUAUCUGUAUUUCACAUUUUAAAAUCUGUGUUGCAGUGGUUUCACAUGCUGUUCAGUUGAAAUGAAUUGGGUACUGGAAAACAUUGUGCUGUGCACCUGCUGUUUUCACCAGGUCAGGCACCAUGAAUGAUUUGUUGGGAGUGGGAGGUGUGCAUUGAGCUGCUUUUUGUUGCAGUAUGCAGUAGAGGGAAGAGGAAACCAUUCAGCAAAAUUGAUAAACUACAAUCUGUGGUGUCUAUGCAUUUUAAAUAGUUAUAUCUGGUGUCUUUGCUAGAAACUCAGAUCUGUACACACCAGCUUCUACAUCUUGAGGCUGAUUUUUAUAAAUGAACACUGCAAACUGAAAAGGAUGGGGUUGGUGAGAAGGGAAUAAUCUUAUCAUUUAGUUACUUAUUAUCCACAGCCUGGGGUGCUGUGCUGUGCUUUAUGGCAGAGAGCCCCAUUUUGUACUAUAAUCUAUACUCUGGUUUGCAUUGACACCUUGGCAGCUAGCAACAGACAUCUUUUGAGAGAUCAUUUGUCAGUCACAUUGCAAGUACAAGCCUCAAGACAAUGGAGCUUGCAACAGGCAUUUAACUCCUAAUAACAUUUACAAAUAGCCUCAUUCCAGUGGGAUUAACAAAAAGGAAGGAGUGAAUGGUACUGUGCAAAGCUUGGAUUUUAUUUUUUCACUGAUAACAAGCUCUUGGAAAGAUUUGCAAUGGUUUAAAUGGGCUGAUUUUAUAGAGGCUGUCUCACACUUUUAAAGUACAAUUUACAUGGGUUAUGAUGUUUCCCCACUCUUUUCUGUGAACUCUGCCUUGAACUUCACAUGUGUUUUCUUCAAUUUUCUGUAGCUUGUGAGCUUUAAAACCCUGAUUACAGUCUUUCCAUGGCAUUAACUAACUUGUGUAUGAUCUUUCUCUAUGUUCAGCAUUAGCCCACCAGUCCCUGUAAAUGAGUUAAUUCUCCUUGCUGUACAUUAGAGUUUCCUGUAAACAAUUUUUUUUCUCUGUUUAGGAAGUACUCCACUGGUUAUGAGAAACUAAUUCUUCAUUUCUAGAUCCAAUUAUAGUGAGAAAUUUUGUCCUCACUUCUAAUCUUAUGGAGUAAUUGCAGUAUUAUGUUUAAGAGACAGUGAACGUUGAGUGAUGUUGCAAUUUCACAGGAAAGGUUGUUGCAAUGAUUGGAGUUAUGGAUAGAAUAUCUACAAUUGUCACCAAAUAUCUUUUGUCUGCAGUGAAUAAUGGGAUUGAAGAUACUGAAUUGCUGUAAAGAGCUAUGUUUGCACCCCUAAAACUCUCCUCUGCAUUCAUCUACUAAAUAAAAUAUUGUCUGCUCUUCCUGGGCCUAACUGUG